AUGGGUAAUAGAUCUCAGAGGCUCGAUCUCCCUAAGUCAAAGAAGAAGAAAUGGAUUUUGGUUGCUACCGAAUUGUACACGAAGUGCGUAGAGGCGGAGGCUCUAUCAAAGGACACGGGGCAGGUUGUGGCCAAUUUCAUUAAGGAAAACAUCAUAUGCCAGUUCGGAGUACCUCGGAUCAUACUCUCGGAUAAUGGAACUCCUUUUGUGAAUAGUCGUGUCCGCCGCCUUCUGGGAACUUACCAAAUAACCCACCACAAGUCAACCCCCUACUAUCCUAAGGGGAAUGGGCAGGCUGAAGCAACCAACAAGACCCUCAUCCGGAUACUCAGCAUGACAGUAAAGCAAAAUCGGGACAAAUGGUCAGAGCAACUACCCCUCACGCUAUGGGCCUACCGAACUACCACCAGGGCCCCCACUACCGCAACUCCAUUCUCUUUGGUUUAUGGGACCGAAGCAGUGCUCCCGGUGGAAAUCGUCAUUCCUUCCGCUAGCUUAGCAGCAAGAAGUGAAGUUAGCUUCGAUCCAAGAAUUGGAGAGCUGGAAGGGUUGGGAGAAAAGAGGGAGCAAGCUCGAAUCAAAUUAAGAGUCUACCAGAAGAGACUCGCCCGGGACUAUAAUGCAAUGGUCAAAGCUCGGGUAUUUCAGGAGGGAGACUUAGUCCCGAAGGCUACACCACAUGUCAUGAAAAAUCUCGCGGUGUCUAAGUUCACUCCCAAGUGGGAGGGACCUUUUGAAAUCAGGGCAACAAAUGACAGUGGAUACUAUGAGAUAGGAAGAAUGGGGAGCAGGAAGACCAUGGGUAUGUUGAACGCCAAAUGGUUAAAAAAGUAUUACGCCUAA